CAGGCCGCGGGCGCGCAGGCGCAGUGGGCCCGACUCGCCAUGCCGACUGUCAGCGUGAAGCGCGAUCUGCUCUUCCGAGCUCUGGGCCGGACUUACACUGAUGAAGAAUUUGAUGAACUGUGUUUCGAAUUUGGUCUGGAACUUGAUGAAAUUACUUCUGAGAAGGAAAUAAUAAGUAAGGAACAAGGUAACGUCAAGGCAGAGGGAGCCUCUGAUGUUGUUCUUUACAAGAUUGAUGUCCCAGCCAAUAGAUAUGAUCUCCUGUGCCUGGAAGGAUUGGUUCGGGGUCUUCAGGUCUUCAAAGAGAGGAUUAAGGCUCCAGUAUUUAAACGGGUAAUGCCUAAUGGAGAAAUCCAAAAAUUGAUUAUCACAGAGGAGACAGCUAAAAUACGCCCUUUUGCUGUAGCAGCCGUUCUCCGGAAUGUAAAGUUUACCAAGGAUCGGUAUGACAGCUUCAUUGAACUUCAAGAGAAAUUGCACCAGAACAUUUGCAGGAAAAGAGCGCUGGUUGCUAUUGGCACCCAUGAUCUGGACACUUUAUCAGGCCCGUUUACUUACACUGCGAAGCGUCCUUCAGAUAUCAGAUUCAAGCCUCUGAAUAAGACCAAGGAGUACACAGCCUGCGAACUGAUGAACAUGUACAAGACUGACAACCACCUUAAACAUUACUUACAUAUCCUUGAAAAUAAACCUCUGUACCCCGUUAUCUAUGAUAGCAAUGGUGUUGUCCUUUCAAUGCCUCCAAUCAUAAAUGGAAAUCAUUCAAAAAUCACAGUAAAUACCAGAAAUGUAUUCAUUGAAUGCACAGGAACUGACUUUACCAAGGCAAAAAUCGUCCUUGAUAUUAUCGUUACCAUGUUCAGUGAAUAUUGUGAAAAUCGAUUUACGGUCGAAGCAGCUGAGGUCGUUUCACCUAACGGAAAAUCAAGUGUCUUUCCAGAACUGGCCUACCGAAAGGAGAUGGUGAGAGCUGAUUUAAUAAACAAGAAAGUUGGAAUCAGAGAAACUCCAGGAAAUAUUGCCAAGCUUCUGACCAGGAUGUUUUUGAAGUCAGAAGUCAUAGGUGAUGGCAAUCAGAUUGAGAUCGAAAUCCCUCCGACCAGAGCUGACAUUAUCCAUGCUUGUGAUAUUAUAGAAGAUGCAGCUAUUGCUUAUGGAUAUAACAACAUUCAGAUGACUCUCCCCAAAACAUACACCAUAGCUAAUCAAUUUCCUCUUAAUAAGCUCACCGAACUUCUCAGACUUGACAUGGCGGCUGCUGGAUUCACGGAAGCCCUUACCUUUGCUCUGUGCUCCCAGGAGGAUAUUGCUGAUAAACUUGGUUUGGAUAUCUCUGCUACAAAAGCAAUCCACAUAAGUAAUCCGAAAACAGCUGAAUUCCAGGUGGCGCGCACUACUCUUCUUCCCGGCCUCUUGAAGACCAUAGCAGCAAAUCGGAAGAUGCCGCUUCCCCUGAAACUGUUUGAAAUCUCUGACAUUGUCAUCAAAGAUUCCAGCAAGGAUGUAGGUGCAAAAAACUACAGACAUCUCUGUGCUGUUUAUUACAACAAGAAUCCUGGGUUUGAGAUCAUCCAUGGGCUGCUAGACCGAAUUAUGCAGCUGCUUGAUGUGCCGCCUGGUGAAGAGAACGGGGGCUACGUGAUCAGAGCGUCAGCAGCCCCUGCUUUCUUCCCUGGGCGAUGUGCUGAGAUCUUUGCCAGGGGCCAGAGCAUCGGGAAGCUUGGGGUCCUUCAUCCUGAUGUCAUCACCAAGUUUGAGCUGACCAUGCCCUGCUCCUCUCUGGAAAUCAAUAUCGAGCCCUUUUUGUGAAGAUUGUUCUCCGUGUGUGGUUUUGCCUGAGAGUCCCCUUCUCCUCCCAUGGUGUCCUCACUUCUCCAUGGGGAGCAUCCAUUUGAGCUUUAAUCUUUAAUAAAGUAAGAUGUGCUUGUCUGCCUCCCCCAUUAGUGCAUCUUGCGGGGUGGUGAACGCAUCUGCCUGGCACUGCACUGUUGGGUGAAGGACCAGAGAGGUGUCCGAGUGGCAGUGCUCGAAGCAGAAGUGCUGCUUGGAUAUCAGAGCUGUUCACUGUCACUCAGGACUCCUCCAUGACACGACCCUGGGUUUUCCUGAGUGAUGAGGCAGGAGGCCAUGCGCUGCACCCGUGAGCUAACCAAGGCUUAGCUUUUUCUACUAUUGACAAACAAUAAAAUCAGUACUUUUAGAAA